GGAUUGGAUUUCGAUAAAGUGUGGAUGGCAACCCCUCUGUCUGUCAGUCCGUGUUCCGAACCCGCACCAGCAUCUCGUCGAUAUCAUCCACCCGGCGGCCCAUCACCAAAAUGGCGGAACACAUGAGCGUUGGUCGUUACGCUGCUACGAGAUUCACUACACUGAAGCCCACCGGAAAUGUACCGCCCAACCCUUUCGCGGUGCUGAGGACGCUCACCUGGCAUCAAUGGCGGUUCUUCUUGAUCGCUUUUGUCGCUUGGACUUGGGAUGCUUUCGACUUCUUCACCGUGUCGCUUACCGUCUCCGCGCUGGCCAAAGAAUUCGACCGUUCGAAGACGGACAUCACAUGGGGCAUAACAUUGGUGCUGAUGCUGCGAAGUGUGGGUGCCAUCACCUUCGGUAUCGCCGCCGACAAGUGGGGAAGGAAGUGGCCGUUCAUCAUCAACAACCUGCUCUUCAUCCUUUUCGAGCUCCUCACCGGUUUCAUGACCAGCUACAAAGGCUUCCUGAUCGUCCGCGCCUUCUUCGGCAUCGCGAUGGGCGGAAUCUACGGCAACUGCGCCGCCACAGCACUCGAAGACGCACCACCGGAAGCGCGCGGAAUUCUCAGCGGCAUGCUCCAGCAAGGCUACGCGUUCGGGUACCUUCUCGCGGCGGUAUUCUCUCGCGCGCUCGCACACGACCCCACCCACGGGUGGCGCCCGCUGUUCUGGUUCGGUGCUUGCCCGCCCGCGCUCAUCAUCCUGUGGCGCCUGUACCUGCCCGAGACCAACGCGUUCCUGGCGAGACAGGAGCUGAGGAAACAUGCGGAGGUGGAGGGCGUCGGUAGCACGUUCAUGAAGGAGGCGAAGGUCGGGUUCAAAAAACAUUGGAUCACGCUUGUGUACAUGGUCCUUAUGAUGGCGGGAUUCAACUUUAUGUCCCACGGCUCCCAAGACCUAUACCCCACCCUCCUCGAGAGCCAGCUGGAGUUCUCGUCCAACCAAGUAACGGUAACGCAAGUCGUCGCGAACCUCGGCGCCAUGCUCGGCGGCACGACGAUGGGAUACAUGUCGCAAACCAUCGGGCGACGCACUUCCAUAAUCGGCGCGUGCAUCCUCGGCGGCGCUUUGGUGUACCCGUACACGUACGUGCGCAGCAACAACAUCAUGGCGGCCGCGUUCUUUGAGCAGUUCAUGGUGCAGGGGGCGUGGGGCGUGAUCCCCAUCCACCUGAUGGAGCUAUCGCCGCCGGGGAUGCGCACGUUCGUGGUCGGAACCGCGUACCAGCUCGGUAACCUUGUCAGCUCGGCGAGCUCGACUAUCGAGGCCACGAUUGGCGAGAGGUUCCCGCUCGAGGAUAGUGAUGGCGGUGAGGCGAGAUAUGAUUACGCCAAGGUCAUGGCCAUAUUCAUGGGUGCUGUGUUCGCGUAUGUCAUUGUUUUGGUGUUUUUGGGGCCCGAGAAGUUGGGUAGAGAUUUGAGUCUCGAGGAGGAUGAGGUGGCCAGUGUCAAGGCGAGCGACCUGGAGCGGGCGUCGGAGAAGCCGGUGGCCGAGGGGAGGGAGAUUGUGGGGUAAUGUUUAUGAUUGAUAAUUGUGUGCUAUUAGCGAAACAAAAUAUUUGGUGCGGAUUCAAAAGU